UUUCCGGGGCAUCUUGGCUCCCGGCGUGCAGUGCGCCCGCCCGGGACUCCCUGCGGUUUGUGGACGGGGCUGCCGGAAGGCGGAAGUGCGGAAGCUUCCGGUCAGCGUGCUUCUGAGUGUCGUCGGUGAGUUUCCCGCUUUCCAGGUAAAAUAUGGCUAAAAGCUUACGGAGUAAGUGGAAGAGGAAGAUGCGUGCAGAAAAGAGAAAAAAGAAUGCCCCAAAGGAACUCAGCCGACUGAAAAGUAUUCUUAAAAUAGAUAGUGAUGUUUUAAUGAAAGAUGUUCAAGAGAUAGCAACUGUGGUGGUACCCAAACAUUGUGAAGAGAAAACUCAGUGUGUGGUACAAGAUGAAAAAGAUGACAUGAAAAUGGAGACUGAAAUUAAGAGAAACAAAAAGAGUCUUCUAGACCAGCAUGGACAGUACCCCAUAUGGAUGAACCAGAGACAAAGGAAAAGGCUGAAGGCAAAGCGAGAAAAAGGGAAGGGGAAAAGCAAAGCAAAAGCAGCAAAGGCGCCCAAGGGUUUGGCCUGGUAGACUCUUAAAAACUUGAAAACUCCUACAUGGGACAGGUCUUUGAUUACAAUGUAUACAUGGAUUUCAACUUCCACCAAGUGAAAACUUUGUCUCCAGAAUUAACUUGACCUUGUUCUUCAAUUCAAACCUACCUUAACUCCUCAACUUUGUUUUGGGAUCUUGAAUAAAAUAUUCUCAUUGAUAAA